AUGGGAGGACGGCUGGGCUUGCAUCCUUCCCUGACCUUGGGCAGAGGCCAAGACGAGGGGCUACAGCUAUUGUCUGUGCUGGAGGCCCCUCCGGAGGCUUGCAGAAAGCGAAAAGAGUACGCAGCGGGGAGGUGUGGCUCUAUCGACACUGUUGGCAAAAAGGCGCUCGUGGGGAUCGCAUUCGCCUAUGUCGGCCUUGUGCUGUUUGUACCCUUUCUGAAUGUCUUCGUCCAGGCAUUCGGCAAUGGAGUUGGUCCUUUUGUGGAACACCUAAUGGAUGAGGACUUCCUGCAUGCGGCGAAGCUGACGCUGCUGCUGGCAUUGGUGGCAGUGCCGAUCAACACAGUGUUUGGCAUAGUGGCAGCCAUGCAGCUGACGCGCAAUGAGUUCUGGGGGAAGACCUUCGUCAUGAGCAUGCUGGAUCUGCCCUUCAGCAUCUCUCCUGUCGUCACAGGGUUGAUGCUGGUGCUGCUGUACGGGAGGGAGGGCUGGUUUGCGCCCGUAAUCCGCGCAACGGGCUUCAACAUUGUCUUCGCAUUCCCAGGCAUGGCGCUGGCGACGCUGUUUGUGACGCUGCCGUUCGUGGUGCGCGAGCUCAUCCCCAUCCUGGAAGCCAUGGACAUGGCGGAAGAGGAAGCUGCUCGCACUCUGGGCGCCUCUGACUGGGAGGUGUUCUGGAAUGUCACCCUGCCCAACAUCCGCUGGGGGCUUCUCUAUGGCGUCAUCCUUACUAACGCGAGGGCGAUGGGCGAGUUUGGAGCGGUGUCGGUGAUUUCAGGCAACAUCAUCGGCAAGACCCAGACGCUGACGCUGUAUGUGGAGAGCGCCUACAAGGAGUACAACACAGAAGCAGCCUUCUCUGCGUCAGUGCUGCUGUCCUUCCUUGCGCUCGGCACACUCUUCAUAAAGGACAUCCUGGAACGCAAGACAUCCGAAUGA